AUGGCCAAAAGAAAGCGAGAGGCAAACACAAACACCACAUCAAAGCCAGCCUCCCAAAAAGAUGAUACCACAGUCUCCAAAAUAACAAAAACUAACGGUCACAUCGACGUCAAGACUAUAGAACCAGUCAUUCAGAUUAUUACCGGGUCAUACGAGCGAGUCUUGCAUGGCAUCACGGCAACAAUAUCAAACCUGUCACAGUCGGCUCCGUCUGUCAAAUUUGCAGACUCCUUUCUUUUCAACGCACAUGCCUCGGCCAUCCGAUGUCUAGCACUAUCACCCCUUCCAGAGCCAGACUCGGAUGAGACUCAAGGCGUAUAUCUGGCAACCGGGGGCUCCGAUGAGAAGAUCAACGUCUACAGCCUAUCCGCCUCUCCAGUGGUUGAAGAUGGCAAAUUCCCAGCCAUGCCUUCAGUGGGCAACAAGGCGAUAUCAGAGAACCCGCAGAACCGUGAACUGGGCACUCUGCUCCACCACUCAUCCAACAUCACUGCACUGCAUUUCCCAACCCGGUCGAAACUACUCUCAGCCUCCGAAGACAACAACAUCGCGGUCACGAGGCUGAGAGAUCUCACUGUUGUGUCAGCCGUCAAAGCUCCGCAUCCCAAAGUCCAGGGUCAACCUAGCGGCGACACCGCACCGCCAGGCGCGACACCAGCUGGUGUGAACGACUUCGCCGUCCAUCCUAGCCUGAAGUUGAUGGUUAGCGUGGGACGCGGUGAGCGAUGCAUGAGACUAUGGAAUCUCGUGACGGGAAAGAAAGCCGGCGUCCUCAAUUUCAGCCGAGACAUCCUGCAAAGCGUCAAAGAAGGAAAAUACAGCAGCGGCGAAGGACGCCGGAUCAGAUGGAGCCCAGAUGGCACGGAGUUUGCAGUGUCGUUCGAACGCGGCGCCGUCGUCUUCGGCGCGGAUUCAAAACCAAAGUGCCGGAUUCUACCGCAGCCACUCACCAAACUGCACCAGAUCGUCUAUCUGUCCAUACCCAACGGCUCCAACGACGACCCCCCGACCAUCAUCCUCGCCGUGUCGACCGAAGACGGCAGGAUCUUGUUCUACAACACCGACAGACUCGCCGCCGCCGCUGCGGCUUCACCAUCAUCUACAAAUGGUAAAACUACAGGCCCAGAAGUCUCCCCGGCAACGUCGAUGCCGGAUGCAACUCUCCAGGGCCAGAUUGGCGGGAAGACUGGCGGGAUUACGGGCCGGGUCAAAGACUUUGAGGUUCUUGUAGUCCCCUCCUCCACGCUGCCUUCAUACCCGCGGGAUGACAAAGGCUUUAUUGUCGCCACGGCAGGCAGUGACGGCUCCAUUCGACUAUUCUUGCUCAGUCCUCAAGACUUGGGAAGGAAGGUCAAGGAAGGUCAAGCACCGCCUCAGAUAGGGAUGUUGGUAGGGACGUGUGAGACAGGCAGUAGAGUCACGUGCUUGAAAGCAUUUGUGAUGUUGCCGGCACGGCGAGUUGGGGAGGACGAUCUAGGGGACGGAUUUGAGGGAUUUGAUGAGUCGAGUGCAGAGGAGGAUGAGAGUGAGAGCGGGAGUGAGUAA